CAUAGGCAGUCGUAUAAUUACGGUCCGCACCAGAGAUGAAGACAGGGAUUCAAUAGAGUAUAGCAUAGAUAAGGCUAUGUUUUUGGACGGCUCGCGUUUUUUCACCAUCAAUCCCAAGAAUGGCGAUGUGUUUCUCAAGGAGUCUUUGUUAGGACAGGCUGGAAAUGAUUGCUAUCUGUUUAUUACGGCUAAUGAUGGACAUCAAACAGCAAAAAUCGAAGUAUUUGUGAGAAUAUUGAAUUCGGACAGAGAUUUCAGUUCCGGGAAAGAUGGCAACGACACGAUCGCGGCCUCGUAUGCGGGCAUUGCAAUGCGGCGGCCUUUUCCGCCCUUCAUUAACGCACAAUUACCGCCUCAGAGGCCAAGAGAGACCGUCUUUGUCACUCCCGCGUCACGUAAGCCCUCCGCCACCUCUGCCUCAGUUGAGAAGAAGUUAUUAUCACCGAAGGCUAAGAACGCCUCGGCCUCCGAUACCGUUGCCGCUCGACAAACAACUACAACAACUCCCGCGUCUCAAUCGGUACCAACUGUUCAAACGGAUGUACCAACGAAGCCAUCAGACGACCCGUUCCAGCGCUCGGCCGGAGGAGCAGCCAAUAGGACUGGCGACGGACUUGACUUGAUUACCGCUUUCCUGCCGCUGUUGGCAGCCGUUUGUUUUGCGCCCAUCGCUGGCCUCGUCUUCUGGAUUCUACACCAUCGGUGCAAAAAGGCCUCCAAUCGGAACCUAAUGAAGUCAUUCUCGCAAAAAAUCAUUAAUACAGACAAAGCCGGUGGCAGUAGUGAGACCAGCAUUAGCUCCGUGUCGGCCGAACUCGACUAUAACGGCGCUCUUUUUGCACAAAUUCGGGCCAAAAAUUCUCUUCAAAGUAAGAGUGAGCCAAACAAAUACACCUCCACUUUGAAUAUACCGAUUGGUGAGGACAAGACGUGGGAAUUCCCUCGACAUCACCUCCACUUCUUGGGCAUUCUGGGCGAGGGCUGCUUCGGUCAGGUGUGGAAAUGCGAAGCGUUUAAUAUAUUCAACAACGAUAGCAAAGAUAUCGUCGCCGUUAAGACUCUUAAAGAGAACGCUUCGGAGAAAGAGAGGAAGGAUUUGUUGACAGAACUAGAGAUCAUGAAAAUGCUUGAACCGCACCCUAAUGUGGUCACCCUAUUGGGCAGCUGUACGGAUAGGGAUCCAGUCUUUCUGAUCAUGGAAUUCGUUCCGUUCGGGAAAUUACAGUCAUAUUUGAGAGACAGUCGGGAACGCAAUUCUGACCGCUAUUACGGCAAUCUUCACGGCAGUAGUAAUCGAUUGUCGGCCAGAGAUCUGACAUCAUUUGCAUACCAAGUGGCAAAGGCUAUGGAAUAUCUCGCAUCCAAAGGGAUAAUUCACAGAGAUUUGGCCGCAAGAAAUGUUUUGGUCGGAAAUAAUAACACAAUAAAAGUGGCCGACUUUGGGUUUGCGAGGGAUGUGGUCGCUAAUCAUGUUUAUGAACGCAAAUCUGAGGGUCGAUUACCAAUCAGAUGGAUGGCCAUUGAAUCUCUCAUAGACUCCAUCUUCACAACCAAGAGUGAUGUCUGGAGUUUUGGUGUGUUGAUGUGGGAGAUCGUGACACUGGGAGGCACUCCAUAUCCCGGUUUAGCGGCGGCUGAAGUGAUAAAAUACGUGCGCGAAGGCAACCGACUACUAAAGCCCGAGCACUGCAAACGCGAAAUGUAUAAUAUUAUGUACUAUUGUUGGGACAGAGAUCCCAAUCAGAGGCCAACGUUUACACAAUUAGUUGAAUAUUUAGAUAAACUCUUAAUUAGUGAAAACGAUUACAUAGAGUUAGACAGGUUUCCCGACCACUCCUACUAUAAUACCAUCCCUGACCUGACGGGAGAGAAAUUG